AUGAACUAUAGCAUCUGGGUGUCACUGUUGAUGCUCCUUUGGGCAGGGCAGGGUUGGACAGAUACAAGGACCAUUGGGGCAGAAGAAUGCAUCCCCAACUCACAGCCCUGGCAGGCUGGUCUCUUUUUCCUCACCCAUCUUCUUUGUGGGGCCACUCUGCUCAGUGACCGAUGGCUACUCACAGCUGCCCACUGCCGCAAACCGUACCUGUGGGUGCGGCUUGGAGAACAUCACUUGUGGCAAUGGGAAGGUCCAGAGCAGCUGUUCCGUGUCACUGAUUUCUUCCCCCACCCAGACUUCAACAGUGACCUAACAGCCCACGAUCACAACCAUGAUCUCAUGCUGAUCCGCCUGAAGAGACCAGCCAGGUUGAAUUCAGCUGUGCAGCCCCUCAACAUCAGCAAGAGCUGUGUCAAACCUGGCACCACUUGUCUGAUCUCUGGCUGGGGGGCCAUCUCCAGUCCUGAUGUUGAAUACCCGCUCACUCUUCAGUGCGCGAACAUCAGCGUUCUGGAGCCCCGCCUAUGCGGUAGAGCCUACCCUGGUCGAAUAUCUUCAAACAUGAUUUGUGCUGGUCUCUGGGAGGGUGGCCGAGGCUCCUGUCAGGGAGACUCCGGAGGCCCUCUGGUCUGUAACGGUGCCCUGGCGGGCGUGGUAUCGGGGGGAGCCGAGCCUUGUUCUAAACCCAGGCGACCAACAGUCUACACCAGCGUCUGCCGCUACCGGAACUGGAUCUACAAGACCAUCAAGGAGAACUCCACAUGAUUGAAUUUCUCUAGGCCCCGCCCACUUGCCCUAUCCCCACCCUGCCCAAGGUCUUGCCUUUCCGGGGGACUCCCCUCUUGUGAUACCGCCCACCGCGGAAAUGCCUCCCCAUGACGUCAGCAACCGUGGCUCCGCCUUCAGUCUUUGACCCCACCUCUAUCCCCUCAAGCCUCGGAGCCCAGACCCUUCACGUGGCCCCUCCCCUUUGAGGGCCCUACCUACUGACAAAUGGCAUCCUCUGGAACUAUUCCCUUGGGACUCCAAGGGGGAACUUGGGGACUCCAUAGGAAACUAACCCUAAUAGACUCGUCCAUCCGUUUCUUCAUUCUGAUAUGAACCUUGGGGGGAAGGGGAAGAAGAAAAGAAGUCCCAGUCUCACAGUUACAAGGCCCCUGAGUGGCUCUGUCAUCCAACCCUAACCUGAAGAGGAGUCCUGAGAUCAAGACAUCAUCCAAACUGUCUGCUGAGAACCUCCAGGAAGGAGAAACUCCCAAACCUUCGGGGUGGUCCAGUUCACUUUGAGGCAGCUCUCAUUUUCCUGAUAGCAAGCCUAAACGAGCCUCUUUGCACCUUCUACAGGGUGCUCCUACUCCUCUCCUCUAGGGUAAAGAGAAAAAAUAAAUUCUUCCUUCCAUAUGACAGCCUCUCCAAGUCUUGAAGACAGCUAGCAUCUCCCUACCACUUCCAUGAGUCUUCCCUUCCCAAGAUUGAACAUUCCCAGUCUCUCCCAUCCCUCCUGAUGUGGCAUGAACUCAAGGCCCUCUUCCAUCUUGGACACUCUCCUCUGGAUUCCCUCCAAUUCAUCAAUGUUCUUCCUAAAAUGUGAGCCCCAGAGGAGAGCAUAGCUCUCCAGAUGACCUGGACCUUCACUUCCCUAUUUAUUCCUGGGCACUACAUUUCUCAAUGUAUAGUGAAGACAUUCUUUAAAUCUCCACCCAGUGCCUGGUACAGGGGGUGCCCCACACAUAGUUGGCAUUUAAAUAAAUACUUGCUGAGUUUAAUUGAAUGUGGCCUAAGAUUGCAUUAGCUGCUUUUGGCUGCCUCAUCAUUCUGUUGACUCAUAGUGAGUUUGUGGUUCAUAAAACUCAGUAAGUCUUUCAAAAACUGUUGAUUACCUGGUCACGCCUCACCCUGUCUUGCACUUAUGAAGUAGAUUUCUUUUGUUAUUGUCGUUUAUCUUUUCCCACUUAAUAGUAUUUUAUUUUCUCCAAUUAUAUGUAAAGAUAGUUUUCAACAUUCACUUUUAU